AGCACAAACACAGAGAAAUAAGGGAAAGAAAAGUACCGGGACUUAUCCUGCUGCUGCAAACCCAGAGAUAGCAGACGAAGAGGGGGCUUGGCUUCUACCCCAAGGUAAAGCCCUGCCCCCUUUACCUCCUCGCCACCUCCUCCGAGAAAGAGAAGGAGAGAGAGAGAGAGAAGGGGCCAAAGUGGAGAAAAGCAAGUCUUCUGCGGCUGGCAUUUGGAGUACAGGGAGCCAGGAAGUGAAGGAUGAUUGUGGUUACCCGAGCUGGCUGCAGGGCAGCUCUCUUCCUCUGGAUUUUCAGCAGCAUUAGCUGCAGAGCCAGGACUGCUCUGCCUGCAUCUCAAAAGUGUGAUGAACCUCUGGUCUCAGCAUUACCCCACUCCUCCUUCAGCAGUUCAUCAUCUAUGACAAGCAGCUACAUGCCAGGGUAUGCCAAGUUAAACAAGAGAGGAGGUGCAGGAGGUUGGUCUCCAUCAGACAGCGAUCAUUACCAAUGGCUGCAGGUGGAUUUUGGGAAUAGGAAGCAGAUCAGUGCUAUUGCGACUCAAGGCAGGUAUAGCAGUUCUGACUGGGUCACUCAGUAUCGGAUGCUCUAUAGCGAUACAGGGAGAAACUGGAAACCGUACCACCAAGAUGGAAAUAUCUGGGCAUUUCCUGGAAAUACGAACUCUGAUAGUGUGGUCCGGCAUGAUUUACAACAUGCGGUUAUUGCUCGCUAUGUACGGAUAGUUCCUUUGGACUGGAAUGGAGAGGGUCAAAUUGGGUUAAGAAUUGAAGUCUACGGCUGCUCCUAUUGGGCUGAUGUUAUCAAUUUUGAUGGCCAUGUCGUGUUACCAUACAGAUUCAGGAACAAGAAAAUGAAAACACUGAAAGAUGUCAUUUCUCUGAAAUUUAAGACCUCUGAAAGCGAAGGUGUAAUCUUCCACGGAGAAGGACAGCAAGGAGACUAUAUCACCUUGGAACUGAAGAAAGCCAAACUUGUUCUAAAUUUAAAUUUAGGCAGCAACCAGCUUGGCUCUAUUUAUGGCCACACAUCCGUGAUGACAGGCAGCCUCUUGGACGAUCACCACUGGCACUCCAUCAUCAUAGAGCGCCACGGGAGAAACAUCAAUCUCACCCUGGACAGACACAUGCAGCACUUCAGAACCAAUGGAGAAUUUGAUUACCUGGAUCUGGAUUAUGAGAUAACCUUUGGAGGCAUGCCUUUUUCUGGGAAGCCAAGUUCUAACAGUAGGAAGAAUUUUAAAGGCUGCAUGGAGAGCAUCAACUACAAUGGCAAUAAUAUCACUGACCUUGCCAAGAGGAAGAAAUUGGAACCUUCUAAUAUGGGAAAUUUAAGUUUUGCUUGUGUGGAGCCACAUACAGUGCCUGUCUUUUUCAAUGCCACCAGUUACCUUGAGGUUCCUGGUCGUCCAAGCCAGGAUCUAUUUUCAGUCAGUUUCCUUUUCCGAACCUGGAACCCCAGUGGACUUCUUGUCUUCAGCCACUUUGCAGAUGACCUGGGGAAUGUUGAGAUUGACAUAAAUGAGGGCAAAGUCAGCGUCCAUAUCAACGUCACCCAAGUGAAGAAGAACCGAAUAGACAUCUCAUCAGGCUCUGGUCUCAAUGAUGGGCAGUGGCAUGAAGUCCGAUUCCUAGCAAAGGAAAAUUUUGCUGUCCUCACCAUUGAUGGCGAUGAAGCUUCAGCUGUUCGAACAAACAGCCCUCUACAGGUUAAGACUGGAGACAAGUAUUUAUUUGGAGGGUUUCCUGUACAGAUGAAUGACUCGGAUCACCCGCUAUUUCAGCAUGCAUUUCAAGGAUGCAUGCAGUUUAUUCACGUGGAUGAUCAGCUAGUGGAUUUGCACGCAGUGGAGCAGGGCCAGCUGGGAAGCUUUGCCAAUGUCACCAUUGACAUGUGUGCCAUUAUUGACAGAUGUGUGCCCAAUCACUGUGAACACGAUGGCAAAUGCACCCAGACGUGGGACAGCUUCAAGUGCACUUGUGAUGGAACUGGAUACAGUGGCGCCACUUGUCAUAACUCUAUUCAUGAACUCUCUUGUGAAGCAUACAAACACUUGGGCAAAACUUCAAAUUACUACUGGAUAGAUCCAGAUGGCAGUGGAGCACUGGGACCUUUGAAAGUUUACUGCAACAUGACAGAGGAUAAAGUAUGGACGACUGUGUACCAUGAUCUGCAAAUGCAGACUUCUAUGGGAGGCAACAGCCUGGAGAAGUUAUCUGUGCUGCAGCUCAACUACAGUGCAACUAUGGACCAGAUCUCUGCCAUUACCAGUAGUGCUGAAUACUGUGAGCAGUUUAUCUCCUAUUCUUGCAAGAUGUCCCGGCUGCUGAAUACACCAGAAGGGAAUCCAUAUACCUGGUGGGUUGGAAAAGCCAAUGAGAAGCACUACUAUUGGGGCGGAUCAGGACCUGGCAUUCAAAAAUGUGCCUGCGGCAUCGAACGCAACUGUACGGAUCCCAAGUACUACUGCAACUGUGAUGCUGAUUAUAAGCAAUGGAGAAAAGAUACUGGGAUGUUGUCAUACAAAGAGCACCUACCAGUGAGUCAGGUAGUGGUUGGAGAUGUUGACCGGCCUGGGUCUGAAGCCAAGAUAUCUGUGGGUCCAGUGCGUUGUCAAGGAGAUCGGAAUUACUGGAAUGCAGCUUCUUUCGUUACUUCAUCAUCCUACCUUCACUUCUCCACCUUCCAAGGGGAAACCAGCGCAGACAUCUCUUUCUAUUUCAAAACAUCGGCCUCGGAUGGGGUGUUUCUUGAGAAUCUGGGGAACACUGACUUCAUUAAACUAGAGCUGAAAUCUGCUACAGAGGUUUCCUUUUCAUUUGAUGUUGGAAAUGGGCCUGUGGAGAUCGUCGUUAGAUCUUCCAACCAGCUCAAUGAUGACCAGUGGCAUCGGGUCAAUGCUGAGAGGAAUGUCAAACAAGCCAGCCUGCAGGUAGACCAGUUACCUGUGGAGGUGCGUAAAGCACCAACAGAAGGACACACGCGACUGGAAUUGUACAGCCAGCUCUAUGUCGGUGCUGCAGGAGGCCAACGAGGCUUCCUGGGUUGCAUUCGUUCGUUAAGGAUGAACGGGGUGACGCUGGACCUGGAAGAGAGAGCAAAAGUCACGCCAGGGGUGAAGCCUGGCUGCUCUGGCCAUUGCACGAGCUAUGGGAUGUACUGCGCAAACGGCGGUAAAUGUGUCGAGAAAUACAACGGCUACUCCUGUGACUGCUCCAAAACAGCCUAUGAUGGACCAUUUUGCAUUAAAGAUGUUGGAGCAUUCUUUGAAGAGGGAAUGUGGCUUCGUUACAACUUCCACUCCCCAGGGACUAGCAUGAAGGAUUUAGUUAGCCGAACACUUUUGAGUUCUACAGAUCCUGAGACCACAGUGCCUGACCUCAACUUGAAUAAAGAAGAGCUCAGCUUCAGCUUCAGUACCACCAAGUCCCCUUGUGUCUUAUUGUACAUCAGCUCCUAUACCCAGGACUUCAUGGCUGUGCUUGUCAAGCCAUCUGGGAAUCUGCAGAUUCGGUACAGCCUAGGAGGCACCAAAGAGCCAUUUAACAUUGAUGUUGACCACAGAAACAUGGCUAAUGGACAGCCCCAUACUGUUAACAUCACACGGAAUGGACGGGACAUAGUACUGCAGCUUGAUCACUAUCCUCCAACAAGUUACAGCCUGCCAACAGCAUCUGACAUUCAGUUCAAUUCCCCAAAGGCAUUAUUCCUAGGAAAAGUUAUAGAAAUUGGGAAGAUUGACCAAGACAUAUAUAAAUACAACACUCCAGGAUUCACUGGCUGCCUAUCAAGAGUACAGUUCAACCAGAUUGCUCCACUCAAAGCAGCUCUGAGACCUACCAACACCUCAUCUCACGUCCACAUCCAAGGAGAACUGGUGGAAUCCAACUGUGGAGCAUCUCCACUCACCAUCCCACCAAUGUCAGCCGCUACCGAUCCGUGGCACUUAGACUCAGCCAGUGCUGAUUUCCCGUACAAUGGUCAAGCUAUAGGAGAUGGAGUUAACAGAAACUCUGCCAUUAUUGGAGGUGUCAUCGCAGUGGUGAUCUUCACCAUCCUCUGCACCUUGGUGUUCCUGAUCCGCUACAUGUUUCGCCACAAGGGAACCUACCACACCAACGAGGCCAAAGGGGCAGAGUCAGCCGAGAGCGCCGAUGCCGCCAUCAUGAACAAUGACCCCAACUUCACGGAGACCAUCGAUGAGAGCAAGAAGGAAUGGCUUAUCUAAGCCCGUGGGGAUGGGGCCUGGGGUGGGAUAUGAGCUGGGCCAGGGUGGGGCUGGGAUGACUCUUGCAGUGGGGAGAGAACACUCUGCAUUGGACACUUGAGCACACGUACAGUAAAAAGAUCAGCACAACUGGAGGAGCAAGUGACAGGAAAAUACGACUGAAACUGAAGGAAAAAAAAUAGUAUCUCAAGCAUUUAAGAAAAAAUACUUUUUAAUAUUUAUUUACAGCAAAUUUCCCCUUCUGUAUCCAAACAACUACAACAAAGAGCAGUUUUGCAGCUUCAGCAUUGGUUAAAAUUUUCAGUAAUACCUGUCUAUUUCUCUGUGUGUUUAGAAGUGUUAUGGAUACCCACGAUAAGAAACGGGGCUGAUUUUUUACAUUUUUUAAAAGCUGUUUGAAACGUGGGUAAUUCUGUCCUGCGAACAAGUGGCAGGCCUUUCUUCCUGGCGUUGUAUUCCUUCAUGUCUGGCUACUUCCCCACAGGCUGCCCUCAGCCCCACACCAUUCAUUUUGGUGGCAUUAAAUUGGGGGGUCGGGGCUGGGGGUGGGACAGGGGGGUGAUGAUUAAUGCAAAUCUUACUCGACAGUUUUUCAAUGUGUCAUCAGCCCACGCCAACCCUGCCAGGAUCCAUCUUCUUAACCCAGGCACUUUGUUGAUUGCAUCCAAUUCUCAUCAGCAAUGUACAAAUACUGUUAUGAUGACUACUUCUACUACCAGAGAGGACGAUCAUAAAGCAGAGGAAGCUUUCGGGGGCUUUUUACUGUUAUUAUUUUGUUGGUCUCUGAGGCAGGAUGAUGCUGUGUGAGUCUGUAGACCCAGUCUGUUCCUGUGUCUUUGGCUAUGGCACCGAUGACCUGAGGCACAUGCCAGUUUAAACUCAGCUCUGCCCAUGACAUAUUGGCAUAUACUGUGCUUAGGUGUAAGCAUUGUAGUAGGGAAUUAGAGCCAGACUUUGCUUCUGUUCCUUUUUUAUAGGCUGUCACAGAAAUAUAUAGUACACCUCUAGUCAAUGCAUUUGACACCACAGGCUUCAUAUAAUACUUUUUUUCCCAACUCUAGCAUACCAGUUUAUUCCUUAAAUCCUUUGUUUCAGUCCCUUUGCAAGGAAAGCCUCUGCUGGCAGUGUUUGCAUAGACAGGAAGGUGAGGCAAAGGAGGCUUGGAAACUGCCCAGAGAGCACGUGAGAAACACACAGCACACAGUGGAGAGUUACUUUUCAAUACAUUUACCUGAACUAUUUUGCUGUCUUUGUAAGGCAUUUUUAAGAACAGCAAGGCCAAUGCCAAGUGCAGUGUUGCAUCCCACAUCCCCUCUCGGACCAGGGAAGUUGUAGGUGUCACCUCAGAAGUAGGCAGGCAGCUUGUAGGAAGGGCAAAGGCGCAACCUGAAGACCUAAUUUCCUUUAAUGGCAAUGAACCAGUAGUGUGAUCUGAUAGGAAUGUCAGGCCUUAAAGGGCAGUUUUUGCAGUGGAAUAGCAUGAAGGAAUGAAUGUAUUGCAGGGCAUUUGCUGUGUGCUGAAAGAACAGAAAUGAUACCAAGAAUUUCCCUUAAAAAGUAUUUACGCUCGUGACAGUCCUAGAUUUGCUUUAAUAUUGCUGGGUUUAGUAUGCACAGAUAUAAUCCCUUCUUCUGUACAAGAAAAAUUUCUUUUUCACCCAAAUCUGCAUUCUAAUAUACUGAGCAGUGCUGGCAUCUUCAAUUUCUUUGUAAUUUUGGUUGUAUCUUUCAUUAUUCUAGUCGAUGCUUUCAAAUGAAAACAAAACAAACAAACAAACAAAACAUGGAGGGGGAAGAAAAUAUUGGAGUCUUACCAGACAAGAAAUUUAUAAGCACAAUUUGUCAGACUGACAGUUUGGCUUUUAAGGAUGGUGGCCUAAAGCCCUCUUCUGGAUUCGUUGCACAUAGAUAUCAGAACAAAUCAAGCCCAUUGAUUUCUUCUCUUUAUGGAUUUGGAAUUAGCAUACGAAAAAGUUUCCAGUUUUAAAAUUAGUUUCUCAGGUAACUAUGCAGCAGAGGGGUUCGGGUAGGCAUAACAAUCACCUCUGUUACUCGUGCUCUGCAGUCUUUUGCCCUGCCUCCAGUAUUAACCUCUCCCUCUCAUGUGUUUAAUUGAGCUGAUGAGUUCUUAUUCUUGUUUAAUCGUGGGUGUAAGGUAAGUCUCUACCCCUUGGAGAGUAUCAGCAUGGGAUGGAUCUAGCCUGCAACACUAACUUCAGCAAAAUACAUAGCAAUCACAGAUGUCUUUGCAGGACUGAAAAUCAUUCUCUUUUCUAUAUUACUUUAUGUUUAAAUUGAUUUUAAUGGUAUUUUAGUCCAGUCAGAAAAGCAUCCUUGACUGCAACUUCAGGUUACCAAGAGCAGUUCAUAUAGCAUCAUUUACAUGGACUGGGGUUUGGUUUGCAGCAAAAAGUUACUUGCUAAUCUGAACUUCACGUGUGGGAGGAGACAUGUCUGUCUGUCUCAGACUCCUGAGAGACUAGAGUCCUCUGCUGCUUCACAUGGGAGAGACAGACAGCAGCCACAGAGCAAAUUUGCCAAAUGUCUCAGCAUGGCACUAGAGGGGAAGAUGGCUCAGACUCUGUUUCUGAGUCCUUGGUGAAGCUAGGGACAGUUGUCUGGUUAUGGUAGUGAGGCCUGUGACAUCUGUUCACUGAUUUUCUAAAAGAUUACCAGCUAAUUUCCCACAACCCUGUAAGCAAAAAUGUCUGGAAAAUAACCUUUGAGCAUUGCACAAGCAAUAGUUGUAAAUUAGUGUCUUAAAUUUGAAAAAACAAAUUUUAAAUUUUUUAAAUCAAGCUGCAAGCAUCUGCAUGUCUUCAUUCACUGGACACCAUGGACCUCUUUAUGUGAAGUUCAUUAGUGCUGUGUUAAAAUGUUGAUAAUCUUCAAUCUUGUCAGUAUUUUCAUGAUACAUGAUUCAUACCUCUAGAAACUCUUAACGAUUAACAUUCUUGUUUCUUCUUAAACUGGACCUUAGACACGAUGUUGUAGACUAGAAGCUGGUCUCUGUAUAGGCAUUGGGUGACUGUAGGUGAAUUCCUGCAUGUCUGCUAUGUAUUUCAUUUUUAAGAAUGGUGUAUGCUUAAUUCCAGGCAGUGGUCAUUCAGCAGCCUAACAGCGAGGCAGAAGCAGGCUCAGAGAAGUAGCUUGCGUAUUUUGCUAGCACUGGAUGUUUUCUGAGGUUUUCUUCCUCUGCGAGCCUAUUAUUGAAAGUGGAAACAACAUCCAUAGUUUACUUCACUCACUCUUAUUUGUGCCAAAACCCCAUGUUGUUUAAUAAGUACUAUCCAUACGCCUGUAAGUGGGAAAAUCUGUUGGAGGGGAGAGUGGGUCCUGCUUUUAUAAAAUUCUGUAAUUUCUGCAAAGACUAUUAAAAUAAUCGGUCUUUUA